AUGACGAUUGAGACACUAGCCCCAGAGCUUAUCGACAAUAUCGUCUCUUUCCUUCCAGCCACCUUCACUUGCCUCGAACCUCUCACCCUCACGUCGAAGAUCUUCCUAGACCCUGCCCAGCGACGCCUACUAUCUUCGAUCGGACUAUGGCCAGGCUUUCAGAGCGAUCCGGAGAGACUGCCUGCAAAGGCGUUCCUGGAGGUCAUCGAGAACGGGAAGCGAGUCAAGAUGGGAAAGGAGAGUCCAGUCGGGAGGGACAUCGGGGUAUACGUGCGCACGCUGACCAUCUGGGUGACGUUCUACAAGCGAACACCAUCGUCCUCAGGGGCCACUGCGGACGCGGGGCAGGAAUGCUGGAUUUUCAGGGACACGCAGUAUCUGCCUCGACUGCUGUUGGCUCUGCCCAAUCUCCGAAAGCUGACUGUUCGGGCGUGCCAUCCACGGGACUGUGACCCAGGCCCGGGCGACUUUCAUGAAGAUCUGAAGGCGUCGCUUAGAUCUCUGUGCGUGAAUACCUCAGGGAGGAUUGGCGGGGGUACUGGGCUGGAGGUGCUCGAGCUGGACUCGAUGCCUCACGCGCUCAUCCACCACUUGCUCCCGUUGUCGGGCUCGAGCGAGGGAGGUGUUCCAACCCUCAAGUGCGUCACGUUUCGUGGGGUCAGGAAGAAGGCGACCGCAAGUUCCGAUGAUCUACAAGCCCAGGAAAGAUCCCAGGUGCACGAGCAGAAGGAGAGGGCCCGGCUUGAUACACUCGUCCUUCUCGACGGACACAGCUCUACUGGCAUGACAUUCCAAGACUACGAUCCCGAGGAUGUUUCUUGGGUUCACGAGUACUUCGAUUGGUCUCGGUUGAGAAGGUUGUAUUUCGGUGCCGCUACUGAAGAGACACAGGAAGACUUCCUCAAGAUAUUGAUAUCGUCUAGGGAGACAUUGGAGGAGCUACGUGCCAACCCCGCCUUCCCCGUCUCGGACGCGACACUCUCGUUUUUGAAGACUCGAUGUCCAUCCAUCCUCUCUUUCCCCAACCUGCGACAUUUUGAAACGUGGCUGUACGCCGUCGUCGAUAAACCCAAUCACGAACAGACCUCUUGGUAUUCUGGUUUCUGCAUCUCGGAGGUGCAUUGUACACAUGGUCCGGAGAUAUUCGAAGCAUUAUCUUCGAGGUUCUUUUUAGGCCAUGGACGGUCAGGAAACAGGGUAGACGACGACCUAAGCACCGCACACACCGCCCUCACCCAAGUCACCCUCCACAUCUACUUCAAAGACGUCGGCAAUCACGAGUCCAUACCAGCCGUGGACACCCUACUCGGUCAAGACAGAGUAGACGAAGCGAUCGAGCUCUUAACGCAAGAACGAUUCACACCCGGCAUCGCGAGGACCAUGGGCUUGGACUGGAUCGAUCGUGCUUUGACCGCUGUACUUCCAAAUGGGGGCAAGAGGUUUCCAAAUUUGCGCAAGGUGACGAUUGUGGUUGCGCCCCUGCCUUCGGAGUCUUCGUAUGGCUCUGCGGAGCAGAGGAAGAUUAUAAAGGGAAUGGGGGAGGGGCUAUUUGGGGAAUGGGAGCUCUUGAGGGACGGGAGGCUUGAGGUUUUGUCGAUGGCGGGUGAGUCUGCAAGUUUGUGGGUUCUUCAUGUGGAGGGCGAGUUGGCUGAUGUCGUUUUGGUUUGUAAAGAACAUAGAGGUAUUGACGAGGUUGACGAUUGGGUACGAGAGGGAAGUGAAUAG